GCCUGAAGACACUCAGACGUCAUCAUCAGAGUUCAUCCACCAUGGGUCACCUAACCUCUGCAUUACUGAGGGGUCUCUCUCUCCUGCUGGUGACCCGGAGUGUGUUUGCCAUGGUGCUGUUUAAUGCCACAGAUCUCGGCAUUCUCUUGGAGAAGUACCUAGAUGAUGAUGGAGACUGGAUGGUGGAGAGACAGCGAAGCAAGAGGGCCAUCACUGCUAGUGAUAUGCAAGCAAUCCUGGACCUCCACAACAAACUCCGGGGUCAGGUCUACCCACCAGCUUCAAAUAUGGAAUACAUGGUGUGGGACACUGAACUGGAGCAGAGUGCUCAGGAAUGGGCAGAGACCUGCCUGUGGGAACAUGGCCCAACUGGCCUGCUGCCUCAGAUUGGUCAGAACCUGGGAGUGCACUGGGGAAGAUAUCGUCCACCUACUUCUCAUGUACAAGCCUGGUAUGAUGAGGUCAAAGACUACUCGUUCCCAUACCCCCAGGAAUGUAACCCUCACUGUCCUUUUAAAUGCAGUGGUCCAGUCUGUACCCACUACACUCAGCUUGUUUGGGCAACUAGUAGUCGAAUUGGCUGUGCGAUCAAUGUGUGCUACAACAUGAAUGUGUGGGGCCAGAUCUGGGCAAAAGCUGUUUAUCUUGUGUGCAACUACUCACCAAAAGGUAACUGGUGGGGAUAUGCCCCAUAUAAGCACGGCACCUCUUGCUCUGCCUGUCCACCCAGCUAUGGAGGAGUGUGCAGAGAAAAACUCUGUUAUAAAGGUGAUGGAAGUAAUAGACAAAGCACACCUGAGGAAACAGAUGAAAGAAAUUCUAUAGAACCAGAGGCCCCUCAUAGCCCUGGGCCCCGUUUACAGGCCUCAAGUCCAACCAGGAGCCCAAAUGUAGUUGUGAGCAAAGAGCAAAUGUCCCAGACUGUGACAUGUGACACAAAGCUAAGAGACCAGUGUAAAGGCACCACAUGCAAUAGGUACGAGUGUCCUGCUGGUUGUUUAGACAGCAUGGCAAAAGUGAUUGGAACGGUGUUUUAUGACAUGCAAUCCAGUAUUUGCCGGGCAGGCAUUCAUUACGGUGUCAUUGACAAUGAUGGUGGCUGGAUGGAUGUCACAAGACAUGGCAGGAAGGACUUCUUCAUCAAAUCAUACAAAAAUGGACUUCAGUCCCUUGGGAAAUACCAGAGUGCCAAUGCCUUCACAGUAUCCAAAGUGACAGUAAAAGUUAUCACAUGUGAGACUACAGUUUCUGUGCUGUGCCCUUACCAAAAGCCAGCAAGACACUGUCCAAGGAUUUACUGUCCUCGGAACUGCCUGCAAGAAAAUCCCCACCUUUCUCGAGUCAUUGGUACCAACAUUUAUUCAGAUAAAUCUAGUAUAUGCAGAUCUGCAAUUCAUGCUGGCGUUUUAAGCAACAAAUCAGGUGGUUAUGUUGACGUGAUGCCCACAGACAACAGGAAGCUGUACAUUUCCUCAUACCAGAAUGGCAUAGUCUCAGAAAGCCUGCAGAACCCCGCGGGAGGCAAGGCAUUCAAAGUAUUCGCAGUUAUUUAAGCAUGUGCUGAAAUCGCAGUCACUCAAUCAACUCGUGUUGAUUAAGCUGUAAUAGUGGGCCUUUUCUGCUCUAACCAGCCUAAAGUGUAUUUUCUUUCACACAAAUGUUGACUGAACUAGGUGUUUGCUAUAUAGCUGGAGACCCUUUCCAAUGCAUCAAGCUGGUUAGCCAAUGUAUUGCCUAAAAAUAAUGGGAGGAUCAUUCAGGGAAUCACAAUUCAUCACAUUACUACAAUCUUAUGGUGUCAGUAUUGCAAAAAAAAAAAGCACUUACGGAGUUUUAAUCUACCAUUAUGUUACAGUUUUUCUAUGCUAUGUUUUUCAUUUUCAUUUGUUUCAUUAAAUGUUGGAGAAGUUCUGUCACUUAUCUAUAGAUUAAUUUUAUUUUUUUUCACUAUGUAUUUAUUUUUAUGUAUUUUUAUUUUUUUUGCAUUAGGGCAAGAAAGGACUGCUGAUGAGGAUUUGAUAAAGUUUUUUUGUGAAUGUGGGUAUAAUCCUGCAGGGCAGGAGAUUACAUCUAAACAUGCAGCCAAACCUUGUAUGAAACGUCCACAUCGUUAAACACUGUAAAUAGCUUGUUGUGAAUAGCUUCUUUAUAGUAUUAAUUGUAAUGAGGUGCUACAUUUAUGGGCAUUGUGCACUGUCUCAUAAAAACAGCUGUAUUAUCAGUUAAUGUUUUCGUAGGUUCCCCAAAACUAGCUUUUAUAUUAUGUCAGAAUAAAUUUGAGGUGCUUUUUGUAUUUCUUUAAAAUGGAUAAUUCACCAAAAAAUGCCAAUUUUGUCAUCAUUUCCAUACCAGUUUGAAUUUCUUCUGAACACAGAAGAUAUUUUGAAUAUUGUGAGUAAGCAAACAAUUGACGGUAGCC